CGCGCUCGAGCAGCACACAGGCGCGAGAUAAAGAUGGCGGCGACGGUGGGGGAAACGGCGUGAUAUGCUGGAGUAGUAGAACUAAACCUGAGUAAAACCACCGUAUGACAGACCUUAGCAAAAUGGAAACCAUGUCACAGUAGGCCUUUACCGGUAAAACCAAGUACUACAGACUCACCUUCCCCCCCGAGACAACAUUCAUCUAGUGAUUGUGGAGAAAUCUCACCGGGAGCAUGGCUUCGCACAGCAACCAGUACAUCUUUGGGGAGUUCAGUCCAGACGAGUUCAAUCAGUUCUUUGUGACUCCCCGCUGUUACGUUGAGCUUCCCCCCUUCAAUGAUAAAGUCUCCUGCGUCAGCCAUUCCUCAGGAGGUUACUGCACUCCUGCUGUGCCUUACAUAACGGAAUCAUUGAGACGGCAGGUUUGCGGAGAGGACUACCAGCAUAUCGAGUUUGGCGUGGAUGAGGUAAUGAAUGCGGAGCCUGUGGCAGUGAAGGACUCGCUGUACAAGGUCUCCAGCACUCUUAAUCCUCAGGCCCCUGAGUUCAUCUUAGGCUGCCAACCGUCUCAGAAGGCCCUUUCCACAGCCACGCCGGUCGCUGAUAUCCCAGAUGGCACCGACUUCAACUCCCUGUGCUGUGGCAACUCGGAGACCUUGGGCAGCCACCAGACCUGCUCAGACAUGGAUGGGGUUUCGGGCGGCUUAGGACAACGUAAGAAAAAGAAAAAACGGCCGCCGGGAUACUACAAUUACUUAGAAGGUUCCAACAGCAACAGCACCGGUGUGGCCACAGAUGGAGUCGGGGCCUCAGGUCUGGUUAACGGACAUACUCCAAAUGCUCCACUCAUGGGUUCAGAGGACAUGGUAGGGGACGUGUUAUCUGGGGCUGAGCUCAUCCCCCCAAAUUCUAUAACAUCCAGCACAUCCACACCCCAAACCGCCCCUCUUUCCCAUCAGAGGACUUGUGAAAGCCCUGACAAUUCAACAUUGGACUUGUCGAGCGGAGCUGCCUGUUUGUCAGACAGAAAUGGUGCAGCUUCUUUGUCUACUUCAUCUUCGUCCUCUCAGAGCAGUGGGGUGGCACAUAGUGCCAGGACUGCAGAGCAACAUGCAGAACCCCUAGCUCUAGAGAGUCCAGUACUCCUGGGUAACGGAGGACACAGCUCCUCUCCACCAUCUCCUCUUCCCCCUGCUGCUGUUGUUGCCACCCCCACAACCACAAUUCCUGCUACUACUGAUGAGAGGGAGGCAGAGAGCUCGGGGGAGACUAACGGGCUGCCAGAGACUGCCUCGGCUGCCGGAGCCACAGACGGACUCCAAGACCCAUCUGAAACAGGCGAGGUGCCGCCAGCUUCCUCUGUAACCCCUCUCUCCUUAGACUCUGAAGUUCAGCCGGUAGUUUCGCCUGGUCCCCAUGCAGCACCUGUGGCCAACCCCCCAAAAUCCUGGGCCAGCCUCUUCCACAACUCCAAGCCACUGCCUGGAGGUCCUCAGGCUUACGUUGAGGUGAAGAGCGUGCCUGCUGUCGUCACUUUCCCUCCGGCAGCCUCAGAGUUGCCUGAAAAGGCCAAUGAGGUGCGCGAGGGCCCCGUCCCCGUGUCUGAAGAUCCUAUGGCCCCAAAAUUGGCAGAAUUAAUCGAGAAUGUGAAAUUGAUACACAAACCGGUGUCUUUGCAACCAAGAGGACUGAUUAACAAGGGAAACUGGUGCUAUAUCAAUGCUACCCUGCAGGCCCUGAUUGCAUGUCCCCCCAUGUAUCAUCUGAUGAAGUCUAUUCCCCUUUUCACUGAGACUCAGAGACCCUGCACAUCCACACCCAUGAUGGAUAACUUUGUUCGGCUUGUGAAUGAGUUCAGCAAUAUGCCUGUACCUUCCAAGGCUAAACUGCAAGCUGCUGGAGAGAAGAUAAUGAAAGAUCUUCGAGUGGGUCUGCCGUUUGAACCCACAUACAUCUAUAAACUCCUCACCCUCAUCAAAUCAAGCCUUUCUGAGAAGGGUCGCCAGGAGGAUGCAGAGGAGUACCUUGGUUUCAUUUUAAAUGGACUUCAUGAGGAAAUGCUGGCACUGAAGAAACUUAUCUCUCCACAGGAAGAGAAAGCCCCCACACCAAAUGGUCCUGAAUCUCAGCCUGGAGUGGAGGAAGAUCCUGCUGAGAAAGAGGAAGAAGGCAGUGAUGAUGAGUGGGAACAGGUUGGACCCAGAAACAAAACCUCCAUCACCCGGCAGGCAGAUUUCAUCCGCACUCCCAUCACAGACAUAUUCGGUGGCCACAUCAGAUCUGUGGUAUACCAGCAGAGCUCGAAAGAGUCGGCCACUUUGCAGCCCUUCUUCACUCUGCAGCUGGACAUCCAAUCAGAGAAGAUCCGCACCGUUCAGGAGGCCCUGGAGAUACUGGUGGCUCGGGAGUCUGUUCAGGGCUACACCACUAAGAGCAAGCAGGAGAUUGAGAUCAGCCGGAGAGUGACUCUUGAAGAGCUUCCUCCAGUGCUGGUGCUUCACCUCAAGAGAUUUGUUUUUGAGAAGACCGGUGGAUGUCAAAAACUGGUCAAGAAUAUUGAUUACCCUGUUGAUCUGGAGAUCAGUAAAGAUCUCUUGUCACCGGGGGUGCGGGGCAAAACUCUGAAAGGCCAAAGAACCUACAGGCUCUUUGCAGUCGUCUAUCACCAUGGGAACAGUGCCACGGGUGGCCACUACACUACAGAUGUCUUCCACAUCGGUCUGAACGGCUGGCUGCGCAUUGAUGACCAGGCGGUGAAGAUCAUCAAUCAGCAUCAGGUGGUGAAGCAGACUGCAGAGCGUACUGCCUACCUGCUGUACUACCGUCGUGUGGACCUGCUGUAGAAACCAUACUCAUACACACAAACACUCGCUCUCACACAAACACACACGUACAUUCAAACACACGUUUACAUGCAUACAUGCACACAAUCUCUCUCUCACACACACACACACAAACACACACACAACCACGUGUCUCAACAGGAACACUGCCCAACUUCACGAUUGUCCUUUUUCCCUCAACCCUGCUAUUCCAGAGAGCCAGCUUUUCCAAUUUUUUUUUUUUUUUUUUUUUUUUUCUUUUGAAGAGGAAAAGACAUCAGACGUAUCUAAAUACUUUCCUGUAAUAGUGUUUUCCCCCUCUGCGUGGGUCUGGAGAAGCUGAGGGGAGAAAUGUUAGCACUGCAGAACGCUCCAGUUUGGAGAGACAGACCUGAAUCACUGCAAACGUCCACAGCCUCAUGUUUGACUGGCCAGAGUGGAUCCCGGCUGAAAGAACUCAAACCCAUUGAGGCUGAUGGACUGCUGGAGUAAAUCAUUCUUUUUCUUUUCUUUUUUGUUUUUGUUUAAUCUACUUUUUUUUUUUUAAAUGGCAUAGGAGAAAAUAUGAAGUGUUUUGCCUUUUAGCAAGAGGAGAUGUCAGCCUAAUUUGCAGCCGUUAAGUGGAGCCUGUUAAAUUCUUGACUAGAGCAUCAAAGUGGCCCAACACCAGCAAGCUACCAAAAUUUAUGUAGAUCUCAAUGUAGGAGUUUGUCGACUCCCCGAGCAGGACACUCCAACUCCACCGACUCCACCACAACCUCUUCUCCCCCAUUUCUCUGAUGCUUCAGAUCUAGAUUACACUUGAGUCAUGGGGAAAAACUAAGAUAGCAGGUGGGGUGCUGCAGUGUGUUGAAAUGGUUAAAAAAAAGCAAAACAAGAAAAACUGAAAAAAAAAAAAAAAAAACUAAAAUUGGCUUUUUGGUUUGAAACCUUCGGUGUGUUUUUUUUUUUUUUUUUUUUUCUUUUGGGUGUAGGAUUAGAAAGACUAUCUUACAAUUUUAAUGCGCUUUAGGACAUAAAUGAUUACAAAAGCUUUGUGCACGUUAAAAUAUCAAACCGGACGAUUAAAAAAAGUCAGAUGUGCAUCGUUUGCACAUCUCUUGCAGAUGUUUAAGUUUUAAAAGUAUUAAAAGCAGAAAAUCUGAAUCUUGGCGGCGGUCACCUUGAUCAGCUCCCUGGGGGGGUUGUGCUUGUUCUUUAGGCUUUUUGUGUACUUUCACGCAUUCAUUGCCGGCGGGAUACCAGAGAUGUCCGAUACUACAUCAUGAACAAUAAUUCCCAUUCAUUUUAUGUGCCCUCUCGCCAUCUUUCAUUAGUUCUGUUCGUUCUUUUCCUGUAUUGAGUAAAGUGUAUUUGCUGUCCACUGGCUGCCUUUUGAUGUCAGUAGAGCAGCAAGAACUGAGCCACUCCUGCCAAGUUUGGAGAGGAAGCUGUGAGAUACAUCUGGUCUGCGUCUCAUUCUGUAUGUUAGCCCGCUCCGAGCAGUCAGCCUGUUAUAUACACGUUGAGGCUCCGUGUUGCAGCUCUGAGGAUAAUAUCUCAGAAUGGGUAGCAAGAAAUGUCUCUUACUGCAGUUAUUUUGCUGUGUCGCACAAGGUGAGAUCAGCUCCGGCUGACGGAGCCACGAGCGACUGCAUGCGUUCACAAACAGCAAAUCAUGUUCACGUCUGUUUUAGAGACCUUGCAUCAAUAUUAUACCUGAUUGUAUUUUUUUUUUCAUUCCCCAUUCGCAUAUUUUCUGUUCCAUUUAAAUUGAUUUUUUGAAAGGAAAUGACCCAAGGUUAAAGCACAACAAUGAAUAAAGUUAUAAAAGUACUAUUCUUGACCUUAUUUAUUUCAUUUGGAUUUUUUUUUUUUUUUUUUUUUUUUUUUCACAAAAUAAAGUAUCACUAACACAGAAAAGUUUUUUAAUAACCAACACAGUAACUUUGCUCUGCUUUCCUGGGCCCAGAAAGUAUAGACAGGCAGGCUUUUUGCACUUUCUGAUUUGGGUUUUAAGUCUUGUUGAACGGAGCCGAGAUUACUACAACUCCACUGGUAGCUGAAAUCAUCAAAUGCGCUAAGUUAAAAGUGUUAAAACUCUGCACACAUUCUUGUUCCUCACCCUAUUACUGAAUAUACCUCUAAUAACAACUUUUUGAGAAUAUUUCAGGCUUUAUGCUCGAUGUAUCAAAUCUUUACACAAGCGAUAUGUGCAUUCUAGCCCUUCACAAAUGCACACACUUUUUGUUGUUGGCGGCCGUGGUAGAAAGUCAACACGUCGCUUCCAGGAACAGAUCCUUUGAGCUGAGCUCUUCGCACAGUCCUGCCUCUGACCACAGGUUAGGCUGGUGUGAACUCAUCUUUCCACUCUAGAAAUGCAGAGCAUGAAUUUCACAUCCAUCUGAAUUUACUUGUUUUAUCCCAGCAACACAAGCACAGCCGGAAUCUUCCCUCGAAUCCAUGUAAUCCCAGUUUUUCUUGUCAUUUUCAUUUACAGUCAUUUGACAUGUCAGAUUUUGUGUACACGAUCAGUCGGUUUUCUUCCUUUUCAAUUGCUCGAUUACAGUUGCCAAGUCACGUUUUACCAUGCGCCCUCUUGAACUUCUUGAAUUUGGUUUAUUUGACUCUACAGAAGGACACAAGGAACGCAUCCCCCACGUGAAACCAAAGGAUACAGAACUUCUAUAUAAACAGACACUGAUGCCUCUUACGCUUGCUAGAAGAUGAAAAUGUAAAAUUUUUUUUUUUUUCUCCCAAAUCUCCCAAACUUUGAUGUCUUCAUAUGCACCGUUCAAGAACUUGACCUGAUUUGAGUUGACAUGCUGACUCGUCAACGAAAAAAAAAAAAAAAAAUCACCACUGUUCCUGAUUGUUUGUUUUAAUGUGUUGGUCACAUCUGAAGCACUCAUCAUGUCUUGUUCGUUUCUUUUGUCUGUUUCAAGGUGGAGAUCUGGUUUUCAUGUAUUAGUUUGACUCUUUGGGGCAGUUUUUCCUCUUCCUUCAGUAUGUCGGUCAGGGAAAGUCCUGGUGUAUAGUUCAGAUGCUGUCUGUCUUUUCGGUUUGUGCUUCCUAACCCUUGUGUCUGCUGAGAUCUUGAUGCGUUGGGAAAUUGAGCUAAAUACAAACUAUAUGCUGUGUCUCAUCCUUGGCCUUCAGCCUUCUACUUUUGUCAACUGUUCAAAUAAAAAAUAAAUUGUGGCAAAGCUUUA